AUGGUACGUAUGGCUCGGACGAAGCUGCUUUCCGAGCAUUCUGUUCGCAAAAUCACUCGCCAAAUUUUGUCUGGCCUAGCCUAUAUGCACCAGAAGGGUUUCUUCCACCGUGAUCUUAAACCCGAAAAUGUGCUUUGUUCUGGUUUUGGCUCCGUUAAGUUAGCAGAUUUCGGUUUAGUCCGUGAAAUUCGUGCUCAGCCUCCUUUUACUGAUUACGUCUCAACUCGAUGGUACCGAGCGCCAGAAAUUCUUUUAAGAUCAGUCAACUACAAUUCCCCAGUGGAUUUGUUUGCCCUUGGUUGCAUGAUGGCGGAACUAUUCACUCUUCGACCCCUCUUUCCUGGACAAACAGAAAUUGACAUGCUAUUUAAAAUCACUGGUGUCUUAGGCACUCCAUCUCAACAAGACUGGCCCGAAGGGUAUAAGCUGGCAAGUGCAAUGAACUUUAAGUUUCCAAUAUGCAAACCUGCUCCGCUCUGUGAUGUUAUUCCCAAUGUCAGUGCACCAGCUCUGCAUUUGAUCAACGAGUUAAUCGCCUGGAAUCCAAAGAAACGACCAACUGCUCGGGCUGCCUUACGAAGUAAAUUCAUGAGUAUUCAGGAUUUGACUGUGGUGGGUUCAUCAAAUAGCGAGACAGGAAAUACUUCCUCGUCCAUUUCGGAUAAUUCUGUCGGUGACAAAGUAAAAAAGGAUGCGGAGGAAAAUAAAAGUCACAGCCAUCUCUCUUUACCCUCUCUGAAACCUAUUUUAACUAACAUCACCCAUGAGAAUUUAGACGCGAGUCAAAAUUCAUCUUUUUCUCUCAACAUUUCUAAUGAGUGUGGUCUUCCUGACAACCUCCGGAAUGAUAGGAAGACUGAAGAUUUUAUUAAUGCAGCAUCUUCUUCAAAUCCUAUUACCAAUGACAUCACUACCCAUCAGAAUUUGAACGAGACCCCAAAGUCACCUAAGGAAAUCAAUCUUACUAAUGAUCACAAUCUCUCUACAAGUCUUUACAAUAUGCGGGAGUUCAAAACAAAUAAUGAACCGAGCCCUCGUGGCUUAAAACCUAAAGCUAAAGAAAAUAGUCAAGGAGGAUUCCCGACGUACUCUCGCCUCUCCAGUCGUCAAAGAGCUCACAGACUAGAUAAACGAAAGAAAUCUUUUGGAGAUAAUCACGAUUCGGUAAAGGCUCUUCUUCAUGCUAGAACUGUGAACAGCAAUCGUCAGCUUAAGCCUAUCUGUAAAGUUAAUAUGGCGGAUGUUCUGGAUCGUGAAUUGCUUAGUGGUCUCACUAAGUCCUCCUUGUUUAAGCAGCCGAAGAUGAUUCGAUACAACCACUUGCCGCCCCUUCAACCUUCUUCCAUCCAAAAUCAAAGCAAAGCGAACCAACAUCGAUCUAGGGAUUGCAGCCAUAAGCAGUAA